AUGGUCGUAGGAGCAAAUCUUGAAGCGUAUCCUCAAUAUACAACUGUUCUGAUACCAUCGUCGUCCGGUGAACAUGAGCAGUUAGAAUCUGGCUACAAUUCUUCGAUGUCUACGUCAAACCCAGAAAGUCUUCCAAAGGUAAAACGAUCAACAACUGGACAACAAUCUAAGCAUGUCGAAACACAAUCAAGAGCUUCAGUUAGCACUCGGCAAUCAAUCUCAGCACAUCAUCAAGUAAAACAGCCAGUGGAUCCAAUCGUUAGAUAUCGUAGUCAAAACGCAACCUAUUCCUUAAUAUCAGUGGAUAUGAUGAUAUCAAAACAAUUUAAAACAAUUUAA